UCCUCGCGUUCAUUUCAUUCCUCUCUCAUUCCGAACAUUCUUAGCAUCGCUCGCGCCGCACAAGCCCAUUCGAAAGCCCAACCCGCCCCACCACCGGCUUGGGCAGUAACUAAUCACUUGAAGGGAUUCAAUAAUCCUGCAAACAGCCAGCUAUAGCCUAGAUAUAAAUAGAGAAACUGCAGAUUAAAAAUAAACACGGGGCUAUAAAUAGCAACCCAAGCCCAGGGGGAGCUGGAAGAAGUUUGCAAUUGCAUUGCAAAGAGCUGGUGGUGGUUGCAAAGGUGGGGAGUGGAGUGGAGAGCUGCUGCUGCUGCUGGUUAAUUGCACAUUCAAGUGGAAAAUUUUCGGGAGUCAGCAGAAAUAUUGUAUCCAAAAAAGACAAAGUCGCAGUUACAACAAAACCGAAGAGAUUGUCCCUGGAAAACUUCCUUUCGGUUUAUUUUCUUUAAGACUCCAGGCUUAGGCUUGGAGACCCCAGCCACCAUCAUUGAGCCCAGCAGCUGGAGCGGCAGCGAAAGCCCUGCCGAAGACAUUGAAAGAAUGAGUGAUUCUGCAGAUAAACCUAUUGACAAUGAUGCAGAAGGUGUCUGGAGCCCUGACAUUGAACAGAGCUUUCAGGAGGCUCUAGCUAUCUAUCCACCAUGUGGGAGGAGGAAAAUCAUCUUAUCAGAUGAAGGCAAAAUGUAUGGUAGGAAUGAAUUGAUAGCCAGAUACAUCAAACUUAGAACAGGGAAGACACGGACCAGGAAACAGGUGUCUAGUCACAUACAGGUCUUAGCAAGAAAGAAAGUUCGAGAAAUUCAAGCCGCCAUUAAGGUGUCUAGUCACAUUCAGGUUCUUGCCAGAAGGAAAUCUCGUGAUUUUCAUUCCAAGCUGAAGGUAACAAGCAUGGAUCAGACUGCAAAGGACAAGGCACUUCAGCACAUGGCAGCAAUGUCAUCCGCUCAGAUAGUAUCAGCUACUGCUAUACACAACAAGUUGGGCCUGCCAGGAAUUCCCCGUCCUACGUUUCCUGGUGCACCUGGGUUUUGGCCAGGAAUGAUACAAACAGGGCAGCCGGGAUCCUCACAAGAUGUAAAGCCAUUCGUUCAGCAGGCCUAUCCUAUUCAGCCAACAGUCACAGCUCCCAUUUCAGGGUUUGAGCCUGCAUCAGCUCCAGCACCCUCAGUUCCUGCUUGGCAGGGUCGAUCCAUUGGUACAACCAAACUCAGACUGGUGGAAUUCUCAGCUUUUCUUGAACAACAGAGAGACCCAGAAUCAUACAACAAACACCUCUUUGUGCACAUUGGACAUGCCAACCAUUCUUACAGUGACCCGUUGCUUGAAUCGGUGGACAUUCGUCAGAUUUAUGACAAAUUUCCUGAAAAGAAAGGUGGUUUAAAGGAACUGUUUGGAAAGGGCCCCCAAAAUGCCUUCUUCCUAGUAAAAUUCUGGGCUGACUUAAACUGCAACAUUCAAGAUGAUACAGGAGCAUUUUAUGGAGUAACUAGCCAAUAUGAGAGCUCAGAAAACAUGACAAUCACCUGUUCCACCAAAGUCUGCUCAUUUGGAAAGCAAGUAGUAGAAAAAGUAGAGACGGAAUAUGCAAGGUUUGAGAAUGGCCGGUUUGUGUACAGAAUAAACCGCUCUCCAAUGUGUGAAUAUAUGAUCAACUUCAUACACAAGCUCAAGCAUUUACCAGAGAAAUAUAUGAUGAACAGUGUAUUGGAAAAUUUUACAAUUUUGUUGGUUGUAACAAACAGGGAUACACAAGAAACCCUACUCUGCAUGGCUUGUGUAUUUGAAGUUUCGAACAGUGAACAUGGAGCACAACAUCACAUCUACAGGCUUGUAAAGGACUGAGCAGUUAUUUAUAUACACACUUCAUUACACUUCUUUAUCAAAAACACAGACUGUAAACCUCAACACUAAGUGGCAGUGCCUCUGGUCCAGCUUUCACCCACAUUUUUCUAAAUCCUGUUUUAGUGAAGUCAUUUUUAAUGUGUUCAUCUAUAAUUGUAGCUGUGAAAUUCUGGUACAGUUGUAAAAAAUUCUUUCUAAAACUAAGUGUUCUUCAAAUUUGUAAACGACAGUUCUUUGGGAAGACUGUAUUUAAGAACCUAAUGCCUUUGUCUGUGGAGGCUUAUUUUUAAUUGUGAUAGAAAAAUGUAAGACAGAGCAUUUGCCAUGGGGAAAACUUACAGCAUUUAUAAGAAUUUAUUUAGGGUUUUGUUUUGUUUUUUCCAAAAUAAAAUACUUAUUUUACGAUGCAAAUGAAAUUGAAAUGAAUCUUUAACUAUAACUGUAAAUUAGUACACAAAGUUAAUAAUCUUUAUAGAAUUAUCUUUGUAACUAAUUAGAGUGGAAGAUGCGGACGAAUGUAAUUCACUAAAUUAUUUUUUAAAAUGAAACAUUUUUUCUGUUUGAAACCAAAUGAUAAAUAUAGCCUUAAGAAAUGCCUGAUAGAAACAAGCAGGUCCUAAAAUUAGGCAAAUUUUGUAUUUUUUUUCUCAAUGUUAAAACUAAUCUUCUAAUUCAUUAAACUUUCCAACAGGUAUUGCAGAGAAAGAGAACAUCAUCCCUUAUACUUAACGUAUCUAGUGUAUUUUUAAAAAUAUAAAGUUGUGUUGUACUAAUAUGGAAAUUUGAUUAUUUAAUGAAAAAAUGAUGGCUCAUUUUGCAAUAAGUAGGUAAAUACUGAAAAUUUAGACUUACAUUUUAUGUAGUCUUGUGUGUGCAGUUAUAUUUUAUACGGACAACUAUAUUUUCUGUUGAGUGAAAAAUUUGCAAUACCGAAAUUAACAAACAUAGGGGGAAACAAUUGACAUUAUUACUGCAUUGCGAAUAAUCUGUUAACUGCAAGCUAGAAAAAGUAAUGUGGUUGAGAGAAGAAUACGUAGGCCAGUAAAAGCCUCAUCAGCUUUAAUGUCGCAGGGAUGCUAGAAAAUCACAACCAUCAUCAGGCAAAACAGAUUUGAAGGGUUAUGUUCUUCCUUUUCUCAUUCUUCAUGAUGUUCCGGCACAUAUAUUAUCCCAGUUCUGUCUCCAGCAAGACAUGGUGCAUUUAGUACUAGUAGGCAGGGCAUGUAGGACACACCCAUCAAUACCACUUAGGGUCUGAUUGCCUUUCACAUCCAGAAUACAGAUGUGCAGUGUUCAUCCCUCUGAUUAAUAAACUGAAAAGUAGGUAGUUCAGAGAAGAUUCUAUCAUAUCAUAGAGUGAAUUGAAGAGAUUUUAAUGCUAGUAAGGAUUAAAAAUGUAGUCAUGGGUGUGAAUGGUUUUCUGGGAUACACACGUAUCCCAUGUUCUCUGAUUCUUAUUGGCACAGAAAUGAGGAGAAAUGGGUUAUAAUGGGAAAUAACUAGGCUAAAACAAUGCAAUCUGUUUGGCAAACCACAAAUCCUAACAGGACAUAUCAAACACAGGUUACAAGAUAAGAUGCAUGGCUGCUGCAAACAUCCAAAAAACACAUUUUUAAGAUUUAAUGGAGAUAUCCUAUUUCCUAGAGGUGGAAGGGACUUUGAAAGGUCAUCGAGUCCAGCCCCCUGCCUUCAUUAGCAGGACUAAGUACUGAUUUUUCCCCAGAUCCUUAAGUGGCACCCUUAAGGAUUGAACCCCUCAAGGAUUCAACUCACAACCCUGGGUUUAGUAGGCUAAUGCGCAAACCACUGAGCUAUCCUUCCACUCAUGAUUAAGGCACAGAAAUGUGUUUCAACAGUUCCUUUCUCAGCUGCAGUUUUCAGGCAUGUGCCUAUGUGUAAUUAGAAGCUUGAAUUUGCCUCCAGGUAUAAUAUAUUGGUUACAGUUCUAAUUUUUAUGACACUGUCAUUCUAAAAAGUGCCCUCAGUUAUAGCCGCAUAAAUAUAGAUGAAGAUUCUUAGUCAGUAUACUGGCUAGAAGAGCAAUCAGUAUUUGUAAUGUGCAGCAAGUUGUGGGUUGUUGUAUGCUUGCCUUUCAUUGUGUUAAUCUUUAAUACUGUUAGGAUUUACAUUAGAGGAAGGGGCCAGCAUCUGGGGGGAGGGGUUUGAAAUUCCUUAGGCUAUAAAACAUCUGAUCUGUCUAACUAUAAAAGGUGGGUGAUUGCUGUGAUGUCUAGCUGGCAUAUUAUCCACUUGAGGAUAUUAGAGCUGAUGAAUCUUUUAGUUGUUUAUAUUCUGUGAAGCAUAAAAUUUGAUGUCCAUGUCAUACAGUCUCUUAAUACGUUUAUAACACUAACAAUCACAUCAAGAAAAGCACUGCAUUGUAACAGCCUAACGGUAGCUCUUUAUUCUAAGCACUUGGUGUUACAAGUCAAAAACUACUUCUUUUGUUUUGUUCUAAAGUUGUCUCUUAUUUAGGUUUUUGAAUUGUGAUUUUGAUGGAUUUUUUUAUAACAAAUUCUUUGAGGAGUAUAAAAUAUAGAAUUCAGUUUGCAAAACCAGGUACAGAUUUUUUAUACAAUCUGGCACAUUGCAUAUGUCGUAACUAUAGGGUAUAAAAAGUCACAGUGUUUAUUGGUGUUCACAUUUGUAACGUUAGGAAAAAGAUUUGCAUUGUCUUUAUUUUACACUUAUGUAAAUGAUCUAAACCCUGCACAUGUUCAUUCUUAAAAGCCUUAAGUCCUUCAAAUGUAUAUCGUGGAGUAUGUAGUCCAAAAGGCUGCCUGUAAACUGUGAGCUCUUUUGUAAGCUGGAAGAAUUUAUCUUGUUACUGUUACUUUUUCUAGGAACUUUUUAAUUCAGAGCUGCCAAAGCAUUACAAUAUGCAGUGCCUUAGUGUUGUAUUAGAAAUACCUUUAGCCUCUUACAUCAGUUUGAUAUGUUGUUUUAUUAAUUGGUUCCGUUUUAAAAAAAAAAAAAUCUGUUCCCCCUCCACAGAGAAGC